UACAAAAUCAAUCUGCUGGGAGACGAGGAGCAUAACUGAGUAGUGUUCGGCUACUUCUAAAUAAAAUCUGUUUAAAAUCUAAUCUUCUGGCUCCUGAGACAUUGUACGUUACCAAACACGUUUUGUUUAGCUAAUGACGAUUAUUAAACUUUACUAAAGUAAGUUAUAUUAAAAUGGCUUUUAAUAUUUUACUGCGGUAUAAUUUUACAAAGGCAAUGCAUUAACCACCUUGUUUGAAACGGUAAGCUGAGCUAUUUUUCAACAUAAUCUAACUAUAUACUUAAUAAACUAUGUAGUUAAUUAAAUGUUACUUCUAAUGAACCAAUAACGUAAACCCAGAGAAGGCUCGCUGUUUAAAAAAUUAUCGUUUGCUAAUUAUGAUUUAUCAUGUUUAUAGGAAUGCAAGAAACCUCUUAGUGGACAAAAUGCUUUGCACUGAGUAACUUGUAAGCCUCAAUUUCCAUAAUUGAGCAGGACGUCUCGAGAACCUUUGAAAGGCCACUUCAGUUCUAAGAUAUUCAUUAAUUUGAGCAGGAGGCGGAAGGACUAAGAUUUGUUCCGUCAAGACAACAGCACGAAAUCGCCUCUUUAAAGUUUUUUUUUUUAAUAGGAUCUGCGAAUAAGCUACUGCUUACUAAAAAAAAAACAUCUAAAAUUAAGACGGUCAACUUGCUUUGCUGCCUGUAGGAAACAGAUUUUUUUUUCAUCAUCUUUUUAACCCUUCGACUUCGCGUUCGCUUCCAAUGACGUCAUGGUGUGGGAAAGCGUGCAUCUUCUGCAACUCGGACAUUUUAACUGCAGUGCGAACGUCGCGUUUUGUGCCGUCUUUCACAAACACAGAGUCAUUGUCACAGACACGUCGCAUAUAUUCAGGGGGCAUGUUAUCCGGUGACCUCAAUAAAAAAAAAGAGAGAAAUGACGUUUUAAUUCCCUCCCGACCACGGUGUUCUAAUUAUAGGACCCUCGAGCCGCCGACAAGUGUUAUAUAAGGGUGCGAUAAACUUCUUCAAAAUGUCUGCGGCUGAGACACAGUGCAUGCCUCGUCGCGGUUGUAUUGACAAAUGCGGUCCUGGCGCACCCGCCGCGCGGUGCCCGUGCAGCCGGAGCCGGGGCCGGUGUCGCCUGCCCGGGCUGCCCGUGCCCACCCGACACCCGGAGCGCCGCCGCCGAGCGCGCGGCGCAUUGGCCGGUGCGGAUCAGGGGCGCGCGGCGGCUGCUGGGAUUGGCGGAACGCCCGUCCUUUAUCCGCGCGGCUCUGCAGAAGUCCCUGGCAGUGACGGGGGACGCCGACGUAGAGAAGAGAUUCCUGCCGUUCUUUGCCAUGGUCAGCCUAUUAGUGUUAGUGGAGAAAAUUCACCAGCGAGCGUUGUCAUGAAGGCUGGGGCCUCGUCUAUGUGGGCUUCAUGCUGUGGUCUGCUGAAUGAAGUGAUGGGCACCGGGGCAGUGCGGGGCCAGCAGCCGGGCUUCGGGGCCGGAGCCGGGCCCUUCCGGUUCGCCCCCAGCGCGGGCUACUCCACCUACCCCACGACCUCAGGGAACUCCAGCCUCGUGUGCAAGGCCUGCGGGCUGGCCUUCUCCGUCUUCAGGAGAAAGCACAUCUGCUGCGACUGCAAGAAGAACUUCUGCUCCCUGUGCUCGGUGCUGCAGGAGAACCUCCGCAGGUGCGCCACGUGCCACUUGCUGAAGGGGACUGCCUUCCAGAGGCCGCAGCUCAUGAGGCUGAGGGUGAAGGACCUGCGUCAGUACCUGACGCUGAGGAACAUUCCCACGGACACGUGCCGCGAGAAGGAGGACCUGGUGGACCUCGUCCUGUGCCACCAGGGCUCGGACGCGGAGGACGACACGGACUCGGGCAGCGUGCACUCCAGGUCGAUCUUCACCACCCCACUGUCCACUGUGCGUUCCACAUCCUUGCAGUCGUCGCUGUCUGCCCCUCAGGGAGAAGAACUGGGCAGAAGAGGAAGCUCAGGGACCACGAAUCAGGACCAGGGAGACGGUCCAACACUCUCACUCUUGAACCUACAAAAUGAAAAUGCAGUUCAAGAGGCCGGCACCCUGUCGCGGAAGCGGGCCAGAGCCUCCCUGUCGGACGUCUCCAGCGCAGACGAGAUCGAGGGCCUGUCCGUGCGGCAGCUCAAAGAGAUCCUGACGCGCAACUUUGUGAAUUACUCGGGGUGCUGCGAGAAGUGGGAGCUGGUGGAGCGCGUCGGCAGGCUGUACCGGGAGAACGAACAGAACAGGAAGUCAUUGGAAAAUGUGAGCAGCAGCAUAACUGCAGUGGUAGCAUAUCCUCAGCCAAUCUGCAAUGGAGGAAUCGGAGAGGGGGAGAAGAUGCAGCUCCCAAACGAAGAUAACCUGUGCCGGAUUUGUAUGGAUGCUGUGAUCGACUGCGUGCUUCUGGAAUGCGGCCACAUGGUCACCUGCACCAAGUGUGGGAAGAGAAUGAGCGAGUGUCCCAUCUGUCGCCAGUUCGUAGUGCGGGCUGUGCACGUUUUCAAGUCCUAAUGACGUAACAUCCAUUCAUCCUUUAGUGUUCUAGGAUAUCAACAUUUUUCUUUUUCUUUCGUUUGGACAUUAAAAUGCCAUACGUGAAAAUGGCUUUUUUUUUUUAAUAAAACGUUUGAUUUUUUUCAGCUUUA